AUGAGCUACUAUCAAUGUUCCGCCCAAAGCCUCUCCCAAGAAACAGACCGGCGUGGAUUUGACACAGACCAGUGCACCAAGGACGAACUCGCGGAAUACCUAAAGCAAGAUGACGAAACCAGAGGCUCGGAUGCAACAACGGUGGGGACUGUAAAGCCCGGUGAAUUCAUACCGAAAGACGCAUCGCUGGCGUACAAGUCGUACCUCGACCAGAAAGCCACAGCCAGUGCGUUGAUCAAUCAAAAAAUCACAUACUGGACCAUGAACACCUUCUUCCCCUCGCUCCAACUCUUCUUCGAAUCUGGCUACUCCUGCACCAUCGCCAUCACCUGCAGCCCUUCACACCUCGCAGGCGCCCCCGCAAAAAUCGGUGUCGAUCCAGCGCUCAGAUUCAAACUCACAGACUGCACCCACGAAGAAAACGGUCGUGUUACAAACUCCAUCCUACCACCCAAGCACGCAACUUCAGGCACAGGCGGCCUGGUCAUUGAAGAUGCGUGUGUGGCGCAACGGACUAGUGUUGCGCUAGAAAAGAUAAUCGCACAUACUCCGGGCGCUGCGAAUGAACUGGGAAGUAGAGGACAGACGAGGAUUGUGACAGAGCGGCAUACAGUGUUUGGAAUCAAGUUGAAGGGCGUGGAGAGUAUGGCCUAUGUCUGGGCGAAGGCCGAGUGUUACGAGGGUGGUUGUACGUGGGUGGAUGUGAGCAUAGGCGGGUUGAGGAAUGAUGUGCCGCUGCCUUUUGCGUGUUUUCCGAAGGCGGAUGCAAAACCUGGGGCAGGGACUACGAUUGUUGAGAUGGGGAGUUUGAUUGCAAAGGGUAAGAGGAGGAGGGCGGGUGCAUAG